GACAACGCAUGCGUCACUACGGUGUUUGCAUUCCAAACAACAUGGCUUCUGAUAGAACUUUCGAAGACUUGGACCUAAGUCAAGACGAAAUGAAGCGUCUUGGCGAAGCGCUUAAAGAUGAAAAAUUUAGGAAAAUGCUCGUUGAGUAUGCGGAAGAAAUUUCUGACCCAGAAAACCGACGCAAGGCGGAAGAAGAAAUUGCAAUGAUGGAAAGCGAAAGAGGUAUGAAUGUGCAAUUUAUUCACCCACAACCGGGUUAUGUUAUGAAGACAACAGUCGAUGGUUCCACAAAAGCAUUCAUUAAUAUCUGCCAAAAUGAUAAAGUCGAAAAGCCAAAGGCCAAAAGGGAAACUGGGCCUGAUGGUAAAAGUGGGAUGAUGUGGCAAAUUCCACAUUCCUUCGCGCCACCAAAAGAAGACAGAGACAAUGCAAAAAAACAGUGUCAAGUCUUCGAUGUUGUGUUUCACCCUGACACAUUUAGAAUGGCCACAACAAAUGCUCGUUUUAAGAAACUAGUGGAGGACACUGCAGUUGAUGGAAUAGAACGUCAGUUUAAUGUAACAUUGGACAGGAAAAAUAUCAAAUACCCCAAAAUGAAGUUUAAGGGCACACCAACUGCCACUAUCAUAAGAGAGAGAAAAUCAGAUGCAGAGCAAAACCCCAUUGAUCCAGAUAAUAUUGUUAAUCAGAUGCCUUAUCCAUAUGACAAUAAGACCUCUGCUGAAAAAGCUAAAAGCAAUGAGGAAAAGGGAAAUCAGAAAAAUGCUGUGAUUUCAAAUGGUGUGUCGAAGAAAGAGGAAACAUUCACUGAACCCAGGUACACAAUAACACACAGAUCAGAGUUGGAUAUGAGUGAGUAUAGGAAUGCCCCUGAUGCAAAGCCUUCAACACGACCAAAGGCGCUUGUCGUCAAAAUCGAGUUACCUCUCCUCAAGUCUGCAGCACAGGCCAGUCUGGACAUCUUUGAGAAAAGAUUACUUUUGGAGUCUGUUUCUCCUGCUGCUUACAAGCUUGACCUUGCUCUUCCGUUUCCUGUCAAUGAUGAUGAGGGGAGUGCGAAAUUUGACAAGUCAAAACGAACAUUGACGGUAACCCUACCUGUGAUUGCGGAGAAAACUCCUUCAUUACCAUUUGGAGACAGUGAGGCAACUGACGGACAGCAAACCUCAGAAGUGAUUGAAAAUGAAGGGCCACCUUUAAUAGAAGUCCUCUCAGAUGCAGGGGAAGUUGAUUACAUUGUGGAAAACGGAGUUGUGGAACAUGAUUCCCAAAAGGAUAAACUUGACAAUGAGAAAAGGCCAAACUUUCCUCAAAAUGUCAAGUGGAGCUUGCCUGAGUACCAGUAUUCACAAGAUAAUGAGACUGUUUCUUUUGUUCUUAAAGUGCAGAGUGUAGAAGAGCAAUGGAUUCAAACGUUUUACCCACAAAGCACAGUUGCUGUCAUUCAGUUCAUGUCAAUGGGGGCUGGCUGCUUCCCUGUCUACUACAGCUUGUACAUCGAGUUUCCUGACAGCUGCAAGGUCUCCUCUAAGCACUGCACUGUGGACACCAGUGAUGACAACCUCGUCUUUGUUAUCCUCAAGGAAAAGAACUGCAGAGGCCUAUGGGACUGCUUCAAAGUUGGAGUUGAUGACACCAACCUACAGGUCCAGCAGUUCCUGACCGAGUGUAACCUGCGGCAGGAGUUGGCCACGCUCCAGGAGGAGGAGUCGUCGGAGGCCAUGCCGGCACAGGACGAGGCCACGCCCCAGCUGGCGGUCAGCGAGAUGAACCAGCACAGGCUCACCAUAGACAUCAAGCCUCCCAAGUCGAAGAAAAAACUCAAUGCAGGCCUGGAUGAUGACGAAGAAGAUGAAGCAGACUCGUAUGACCCUCCAUCAUCUGCAGAGAUAGAAGUGGUCCAUCGGCACCCUCGGCCUAACUUGCACAGCAUCCUGAAACAGCGGACAGUGUCAGAGUCGAGUGAAGACUUUGGUAUGGACGAUCCAUCGAGUCCCCGCUCAGCUGAAGAGAGUGACCCGCUAGCCUCUUCCUCUUCCUCCUUCACCAAGCGGCGCUCAGUUUCCUUCAACUCAUACGUGGACCGCGCAUCCUUCAAGUCAUCCGCUUCGCCAUCAAGCAUGACCCCAGCCCUCAAAUCCAAGCGUCGUCGUCAGAGGAAGAGAGAGAUGAAGCUGAAUGGGAAACAACGAAGGACGAGUGAGGGUACGAGUGAAGGAAGUAGCGAGGAGUUUCCACACAGUGCAAUGUGCGACUCUCACUCUCACAGCGAGGAGGAAGUUGACCCAUCCAGUUCUGCUCCUGGGACAAACGGCUCUAGCAGGGCCUGGGCCCCUCUCUCCCGUGCCUUGUCUGACCCAGGACCCAGUGCCAUUGGCCAGGAGCCCACCGGACAGAGCAAAAAGCGGGGGAAGAGAGGUGGGAGGAAUAAGAAGGGAGCCUCAAAGAAGUGCGAGGGUGAGAACGAGAGUUCUGACCGUAGUGAUGACCAGCUGCUGAGUACGGAUUCUGAUAGCCGUGUGAUACCAGGCGCUGAGGAUGAGCUUGAUUUUAGGACUAAAAUGUCUGAGCCUUCACAGGCUGGUGUGUGUGACCGUGUGAGUGAUGGUGUUAGGGACAACGGCAGUGCAGGCACUUCUAGUACCUCCACUGCAGAUAGUUCUGAAAAAGCCCAAAGUGAGAAAAAUAAAAAAAUUGUGUCUGAGAUAAAAACCAAGAUGGCGGCAAGUACGGGUCAAUCCGGGGAAGGGGACGGGGUGGACAAGGAAGAGGCGGAUAGCGACGACGAUUUUGUGGAUGCUGUGAGCUCAAUGGCAGAGGAAAUGGACUCAAAACUUAAGAUUGACAAUUCACUAGCGAGCAGAAAUGGUGGAGGGGAUGAGGCAAAGGAAGGUACCACGAUAUCAGGGCUGCAAGACAAGGUAGGAACAGUGGAAGAUGCCUCAAGUGAGAAGGACGGCGGAGAUGGGAAGAAAGCGGAUCUUCAGGAAAAGGCUCAAGAAAAUGGGAAGGAUGCUGACAAGCCAAAGUCUGAGGUGGACACCAUGUUGAGUUGGGAGGAGCGGCCAGUCAACGGAGGGGAGCAUGCCACGCAGUGUGCAUUUAACUUCUCCAACUCUUUGCUUUAUGAUCUGGACAUGGACUGACCUGCUUUGGAUUUGCGGCUUUCGGUUCUUGUUUUAAUUCAAAAUUUGACUAUGUUUAUUGACAGUGUGUCUGUCUUGUGUAUUUAAAGAUCUACUUGCAUGAGCGUGCAUUGGGCUGUAUUUUUCUUUUAAUUAAUUUUUCUACAUCUUUUGCUUUAAAGCAAAGUAGUAUACUGUCAUUGGUUAUGGCUUCAGCAGAUCUGUUGUGAAAUUGGAAAGAAACUGACACCCCCCCACUUCCGUAGAGCUGGGGGAAAAGAAUUUGCUUAGAUGUCGAACUUUUGUUUCUUUCUCUUUUGUAAUUUUGUGAUGGGCCCAAGGGUUUUUGCAAUGGUAGUAGUAGGUAGAGUGCCUAUGAUAAUUAUGACCACAUUUUGCUAAUUGCAUUGCCAUAUUAUUGAUUUCAACUUCUGUUUUCCAUAUCAAGGGCCACUUUUCAAAUUAUGCAUUUUACUUUUGGAUAGCCUUACAAGUCUGUUAUUCUUUUCCAUUCCAGAUUUUCUUUUGUAGUCAAUUUACCUCAUGAUUGCAAAAUAUAUGAGAGAGAAUUUCUUUCUGGGUUUUUUUUGUUGUUUGUUUGGGGUUUUUUUCAUUUACAUGGACACAUUACCUUGUAGAUUACACUUCACUGAUCAGAUUGUGUUCAGCUUGCUUUUGUUUUUAAGUUUGGCCUUGUUUUUGUUGGAAUGAUGGAAUGCUUUCUUAGCGAGACUGCAUAUAAAAUGCCUUAGCUUUUAAAACUAAUAAUUUUUAGAAUGUUUCCCGUUAACGUUGUACCUUUGGCAUGUGCCAUCUCUUUUUUUCUAGUUAAGUCCGCGAGUAUGUUGUAAGUAUAGUUUCUCAGUAUUGCAUGAUAGAAGUUUCACAGUAUGUUUAUAAAAUGUAGUAGUUGCCAAGGGAACUGAUAACAAGUAUAAUAGAGAUUUGAUUUGUGAACUGUUUCCAUGUUAUGGUAACAUCUGAGGUAACAUUGGGAAACACUUUAAGAAUGUCUUCAAGUCAUUGUUGAUGUUCGCUCUGUAUAUGUCCCAUUAAAAGACAUCCAUUUAUCUUUUUAUGUUAAAUUGUUAUCCCAAAUCUUUUCCGCGUAUCCAACACAGGUACACUAGAUCGCUUGUAACUCUUCCCAUGCUCUAGUGUUUUCAUUGCUGCGUCAGACCAGUUUGAGACAGGUUGAAAGGUUGCUGGGAGUUUAACAAGAUACUGCAUUUAUGUUCUCAAAUGAGUUGACAUAUUAGAUAUAUUAUACAUCAUACUGAAAUGAAAACAAAAGAAUAAGUUAUGAGAAGAUGGUUUCAGA